AUGGCUGACAUAAAUGCUGUACGAAACUUUAUUGCAUUUUGGUAUGAUUUUUUAUAUAUAUAAUAGUACUUGUAAUACUAUAAUGCACACAGAAGCUUAGUUGUGUAUAUAUUUGAAAGCUAAACUUAUAAUAAUAUUAACUUGCCAAAAAUGUUUUUUAAAACUUUAGGAUAUUUGGACUGUGCAACAACUUUGCGUAUGUAAUUAUGCUAAGCGCUGCUGAUGACAUUAUGUCUCAACAAGAACAUGAAAAUGUUAAAUCAAGUUCAAAUAGCACGCUUGAUUCUGUAAAAUGUGUAGAAAAAAUUACCAGCCAUGAAUGUACGACGGCAACGUUAGGAGCGGUAUUGUUGGCGGAUAUUAUUCCGUGUUUGGUUGCAAAGUUGGUCUUGCCAUUCUUUAUGCAUCGUCUUCCUCAUGGGUAAUGUAGUUUAUUUUAUCGAGAUUCAAUUUGAUUUAUAAUUUUUAGACUUGCUAUUACAUAAAUUCUGUUAUCUUAGAGCUCGACAUUUGUUGGUAUGUAUUCUUCAAGCGCUGAGCUACAUAAUGGUGGCAACUUCCGGAAGUAUUCCAAUGAGUUUAUUCGGCGUAGUGUUUGCUUCCCUUAGCUCCGGAAUUGGUGAAAACGCGUAUCUAGCCUUAUCAGCACAUUAUAGCGGGUAAGUUAUGUCUUGACUUCUAGUGUGGGGGGAGGGGGGAGGCUUCCGAGGAUGGGGUUGAAAAAAAUACCCUGUGUCUCCGGCUAAGAAAAAAACACAAAACAGACGACGACUGAAACACAAAAUAAAAUUUUUUUACUCUGUCAUGUUUAGAAACUCAAUAUCUGCAUGGUCGUCUGGUACUGGAGGUGCAGGUAUAUUUGGAGCGUUGGGGUAUGCUCUACUUACAGAGCCUCACCUGCUCGAACUGACUCCAAGAACAACGUUAUUAGUCAUGCUGAUUAUUCCAAUAUUGUUUUACAUAACGUGAGUUUGAUAAAUGCGUAUUCUACGGUAUAAAUAUAUACAUUUUUUAAAUAUUGUGUAUAUAUUACUUUUCUUAACGUAAUCAAAUAAAUAUUUAAACUGCUUGCUAUAAGCUAAAAACUAAAAAAUUUUUCAGUAACUACACAAUACUGGUGCAAUCGCCUACUAUUUAUCGUGCUACUGUUUUUCGGCCAAACACUUGGAUUGUCCCUGCAACGAACAAAAACACUGAAAACGAUAUAGAGGACGACAAAGAAACGUCAGAAAUAAAGGCAGAUGAUAUUUCUAUUACAGGAACGUAUGAAGAAGAAUCGAAUACACUCAAGUCAAACCCUACUGCUACAAUAAGUAUGCAAGAAAGAUUAUGGCUUUUGAUACCUUUGCUUAAAUAUAUGAUCCCAAUGGCUCUCGUUUACUAUGCCGAGUAUCUGAUAAAUCAAGGCCUGGUAAGUUAAUAACUGUGAUAGCAAUACUUUUCUAUCCUAUCAUACUCUAUCCUCCAUUUUUUCACAAAUCAAGGACAGAGUAUGAUACGAUAGAUAUAGUUAGUUAUUGCAACCUGUUUAAAGCCGUGAUGUUUUAGACUCAAUUCAUAGUGUUCGAUUGUUCUCAUGGCUUUUCGUUAUCGCCACAAAGCCAGUAUCGUUGGUACCAAGUGUUAUACCAGUUGGGAGUAUUCAUUUCAAGAUCUUCCGUUGACUUUAUUGAGCUUCCAAUGUGGGCAUUACUUUUGUUACCUGUGUUACAAUUCGCAAAUACUGCAUUUUUCUUCGUAGAGGCAUUAAUUUACUAUAUACCACAUAUUGCGGUGGCUCUUGCAGUAAUAUUGUAUGAAGGGUUUAUUGGUGGCGCUAGCUAUGUAAACACUUUUCAUCGCAUACACAAAGAUGUAAGUCUGUUUGUAAAUGUAAUAACAAUACCAUUUGUUAACAGUAAUAAUGAGAAAUCAAUUUCAAAUAUUUUGUUAUUUUUCAGGCCUAUGAUAAAUUUAAAAAAUUAAAUUUUGAAAGAAAGUAACAUUAAACUAAUUAAAACGGAUGUUUUCAGGCUGAACCUCGAGUCCGUGAAUACAGCUUGGCCGUUGCGUCCUUGGCCGAUGCCGUUGGAAUCGUCGCCGCCGGAUUUACAACCAUUCCUGUUCAUAACUUUGUUUGUAGUUUAAAUCACUAA